AUCCCUUUUUUAUCUUGCCUUUUUCGUCAAUUUUUUAUUCUAAAAGUAAACCAUCUCCAGUACGGCAGUCUAGUCGCAUAUCCUGGUCUAGUUUGUCCUCUGGAUCCCAGAUAUUAUUACUGACGGAGACGCUUUGGUUGAGUAGAACGAGAAGGAUUCCACAUUUUCUUGCAAUAGAUUUGCGUUGUACUUUUGCAAGGACCUGGUGGUUGCUAUUUUCGUGAGCUGGCUGCAGAAUAGUUCCGACCGUGGUGCUCCUGUGGACAAGAUGGCCAAGACAUACAAUAAAGAGAAUCUACCAUUCAUCCAGGAUGAAGAGAAGGAGUCGCGCUUUGGAUAUGUGUUCGGCGUGUCCGGGCCCGUCGUCAUCGCGGAGAAGAUGGCCGGUGCCGCUAUGUACGAGUUAGUGCGUGUGGGUCAUGAGGAACUGGUCGGGGAGAUCAUUCGUCUGGAGGGUGACAUGGCCACCAUUCAGGUGUACGAAGAGACAUCCGGUGUGACGGUGGGCGAUCCCGUGCUGCGAACGGGCAAGCCGCUCUCGGUGGAGCUCGGUCCGGGCAUCCUGGGCAACAUCUUCGACGGUAUCCAGCGGCCUCUGCAGGACAUUCAUGACCAUUCCCAGUCCAUCUACAUCCCCAAGGGUAUCAACGUCCCGGCAUUGAGCCGUGUGGCGCAGUGGAAUUUCGAUCCGAUUCCGCAGAUGCGCGUGGGCAGCCAUCUGACGGGCGGCGAUAUUUAUGGCUUUGUGCAGGAGAAUGUGUUCGUUAACCACAAGAUCAUGUUGCCGCCGCGGUCCAAGGGAAAAAUCACCUACAUCGCCCCGCCGGGCAGUUAUACGGUGGACGAUACCAUUCUGGAAACCGAAUUCGAUGGGGAAAAGCAGAAGUACACGCUGUGCCAAGUGUGGCCGGUGCGUCAAAUGCGGCCUGUCGUGGAGAAAUUGGCCGCCAACCAUCCUUUGUUGACUGGUCAGCGCGUACUGGAUGCGCUUUUCCCCUGUGUGCAGGGGGGUACAACUGCCAUCCCUGGCGCUUUUGGUUGUGGAAAAACCGUUAUUUCUCAGGCCUUGUCCAAGUUCUCCAAUAGUGACGUUAUCAUCUACGUUGGUUGUGGUGAACGUGGUAACGAAAUGUCGGAAGUAUUGCGAGAUUUCCCGGAGUUGACGGUGGAGAUAAACGGGAAAACAGAAUCCAUUAUGAAACGCACUAGCCUGGUAGCCAACACCAGUAACAUGCCUGUGGCCGCUCGUGAAGCCAGUAUCUAUACCGGUAUUACCCUCAGUGAGUACUUCCGUGACAUGGGCUACAACGUCUCUAUGAUGGCUGAUUCCACAUCGCGUUGGGCCGAAGCUCUCCGUGAAAUUUCCGGUCGUCUCGCUGAAAUGCCUGCCGACAGUGGUUAUCCGGCGUACCUCGGCGCUCGAUUAGCUUCCUUUUAUGAACGUGCUGGACGUGUUAGUUGCAUUGGCAACCCGGCACGUGAGGGCUCUGUUAGUAUUGUGGGUGCUGUCUCUCCUCCCGGAGGUGACUUCUCCGAUCCCGUAACAUCGGCUACUUUGGGUAUCGUGCAGGUGUUUUGGGGCUUGGAUAAGAAAUUAGCGCAGCGCAAGCACUUCCCUUCUGUGAACUGGUUGAUUAGCUACAGUAAAUACAUGCGCGCCUUGGAUGACUAUUAUGAGCGUAAUUUCCCGGAGUUUGUUCCUCUGCGAACGAAAUGCAAGGAAAUUCUCCAAGAAGAAGAAGAUCUGAGUGAAAUCGUGCAGCUUGUCGGUAAAGCAUCUCUCGCGGAAGCUGACAAAAUAACUUUGGAAGUUGCCAAACUGGUUAAAGAUGACUUUUUACAACAAAAUGGUUAUACCCCAUAUGAUCGGUAUUGUCCAUUCUAUAAAAGUGUCGGCAUGCUACGGAAUAUGAUGGCUUUCUAUGACUUGGCUAAACAUGCCGUAGAAUCGACCGCUCAGUCAGAUAACCGUAUAACCUGGGCAACUAUUCGUGAAGCCAUGUCAGACACAUUGUAUCAGUUGACCAGUAUGAAAUUCAAAGAUCCGGUGAAGGAUGGCGAAGCCAAAAUCAAAGCCGAUUUUGAAGAGCUUUACGAAAGAAUGCAGCAAGAAUUCCGUAAUCUGGAGGAUUAAACGUGUAAGAAAUCGUGCAGCUGGUUGACAGGACAUGUUUUCUGUAACCUCUGCUUGCAUAGACAAGUAAUAAUUUAAAACGUUUUUCUCGUAAGCAUGUUGUAUCGAGUUGUGCAGUUUUGGUAUCAGAUUGCUGUCGUUGUGAUAUAUCUAAUUUUGCAGUUUUGUCUGGGUUGAAUUAUAUACUGUAGACUGUAGGUAGACUUCUGCCGGAAAUUGGUGCACUUCUGAUUUUAGUUUAUUCCGUAACUAAUCAUUCCUUAUUUAAAGCGUGCUUGAUGGUAUAUGAGAUGAUACUCUCCGAGGCGGUGUUGUUUAACCGAUGUGUUCGAAGCGGUAGCUGCAUUAGAUUGUUUGACUGAUUUUAAAUUGUUUGAAAUUGAGUUUGAUAUAGAAUAGUAUUUUACUCUAUUGCUGCUAAUAAAAUCUAGUACU